AUGCAGGCGCAGCAAGCGCCACCGGGCAUCCUGCACCAUCCAGCGCAGGCACAUGUCGUGCAGGGGAAUGCGGCCCACGCGGCCCACGCCGCCCAUGCGGCCCAUGCGGCCCACGCGGCCCACGCGGCCCACGCGGCUCACGCGGCCCAUGCAGCCCAUGCGGCCCACGUGGCCCAUGUGGCCCAUGCCUAUGGACAUCCAGCCCCUCAGCAUCACGUCCAGGCCAUGCCAGCGAUGCAUGCACUGCCUGGGCAUCCUCCGCACUACCCUGCUCCGGUUGCGAACGGGAUGCAUCCGAUGCAUGCUCACAUGGUGCCAAAUGGGCACUAUCCCAUGUACGCGCCGCAUCCUCAUCAUCCUGGCUACUACGUGCCAGUGUACCCGGGCCAUCCGCCUGGCUACCCGCCCCACUAUCCGGGAUAUCCUCCGCCUGCCCGGGAUCGCCGGGACAAAGAUAGCGACGAGGACCGGAAGAAGAAGGAGCGAGAGGAGCCCCCUCCGCCGGCAAAGUUCGACGAUGAUCAUUGGGAGGAGCCUCGAUCUCGGACAAAGCUGAAGCUCCUGGGCGAGGACUGCGGUGAAGAAAA